AAGUAAAAGAAUACAUAAAAUGCAAAGUUGAGGUUAAGUAAGAACAAUGGAAGAAAGUCAGGUUGUUAAGCUUAUGACGGUGGUUAUGACUCUGUUCUUGCUUUCGGCAGUUUCAGAGCAGGCUUCAGAGGAGGCUCAAGGUGUUGAUUGCAUCAGAGGAUGCGACGAUCGGUGUGGUCCUUAUGGAAGUAGAUAUGUCAACUGUUGUAUCAGAAUUUGUCAAAAACAUGAGCGUACUGAAGAUUGUAAAUUUUCUAUAUGUGGCAAUUUUGGUGAUGUCUCAGAGGAUGCUAAAGAUGGUGGUUGCGCCAGAAAAUGCAUGCUAAAAUGUGCGGCUCUUAGAAGGGCAGCGCCCUUUUGUGUAAGCUUGUGUCUAAAAGAUAGUGAGAAACCUCCUCUAGAGGGCAUUUACGAGGAACAUGGCUCCAUCCGAAAUUGUGAAAAUUCCAAAUGUGACGAUUCUGGUAAUGGUUUUGUCAAAAAGGAAAGUUGCGGGGAUUCAUGCUCUUAGAGUUGCAUCAAGUAUAUGCUCUCAAAGGAAGAUGAUAGGUUCAAUUUUCAAAUUGUAUCAAAAAACAUAAUAAUCAACCAAAUAAGUUGUAAGAUGCUAUGAAAAAUAUUAGCGUUUGAAGCGUGGAUCAUUCU